AUGACGACGGCCGCGGCGAGCCCGACGGACGUCACGUCGGGGCAGUACAACUACGUCGUGACCGCGCAGAAGCCGACGUCGGUGACGCACUCCGUCGUCGGGAACUUCACGCACGAGGACGAGCUCAAUCUCGUCGUCGCCAAGUGCACGCGCGUGGAGAUCCACCUCCUGACGCCGCAGGGCCUGCAGGCGAUGAUGGACGUCCCGAUCUACGGCCGGAUCGCGACGAUGGAGCUCGUCCGCCCGCCGUUCGAGAAGAAGCCGAUGCUCUUCAUCCUCACCGAGCGGAACAUGUUCUGCGUCCUCUCCUACGACGCGGCGAAGGGGGAGCUGAUCACGCGCGCGAUGGGGGACCUCACCGAUCGCGUCGGGCGUCCUAGCGAGUGCGGGCCCAUCGGCGCGGUCGACCCGGAGUGCCGGAUGUACGGCCUGCAUCUGUACGACGGCCUGUUCAAGGUGAUCCCCAUGGACCAGACCGGGCAGCUGCGAGAGGCGUUCAGCGUUCGACUCGAGGAGCUGCAGGUGUUCGACGUGAAAUUCCUCGCGGGCACGCCGAAGCCGACGAUCGCGGUGUUAUACCAAGACACGAAGGAGGGGAGGCACAUAAAGACGUACGAGGUGUGCUUGAAAGACAAGGACUUCAACCCCGGGCCGUGGGCGCAGAACGACGUCGAGUCCGGGAGCCGGUUCUUGAUCGCCGUGCCGGCGCCGCUCGGCGGCGUCGUCGUCGUCGGCGAGAAGGUCAUCGCGUAUCUCAACAAGGAAACGACGCACGGCGUCGGCGACGGCGGCGGCGGCGGCGGCGGCGGCGGCGGCGGGAUGAUCGUGAAGGCGAUCGCGAUGCAGUCCGACGCGACGAUCAUGACCUACGGCGCCGUGGACAAGGACGGGAGCCGGUACUUGUUGAGCGACAGCGCGGGGCGGUUGCACCUGCUCGUGUUGAUGCACGAUAAGACGCGAGUGCGCGCGCUGAAGCUCGAGUCGUUGGGGCAAACGUCGAUCGCGUCGUCGUUGUCGUACUUGGAUAACGGCGUCGUGUACGUCGGGAGCGCGUACGGGGACUCGCAGCUCGUGCGGUUGCACUCGACGCCGAUCCCGAUCGCGGGCGGCGGCGGCGGCGACGGCGACGGCGGCGGAGGAGGAGGAGGAGAGAUCGUCCCCGUCGACUCCGGCGCCGUAACCGACGCCCCGAACUACGUCGAGGUCCUGGAGUCGUUCACGUCGCUCGGGCCGAUCGUCGACUUCGUCGUCGUCGACUUGGACCGCCACGGUCAAGGCCAGGUCGUGACGUGCAGCGGCGUGCACAAGGACGGGUCCCUGCGGGUCGUGCGGAACGGCGUCGGCAUCCACGAGCAGGCGGCGAUCGAGCUCCCGGGCGUGAAAGGGUGCUGGGCGCUCAAAAACGCGGACGACGCGGUCAGCGACACGUUCUUAGUCGUCGCGUUCAUCGGCGAAACCAGGAUACUCGCGAUCAACGACAAGGACGAGCUCGACGAGACGGAGUUUGAAGGCUUCGCGGGCGACGAGCGGGCUCUCGCGUGCGCCAACGUCGACGGCGGGUACGCGUGCCAAGUCACGAGCGGUGGGAUCCGACUCGUGGACGUCGCCACGGGCGCGCUGAGAGCGCGGUGGACGCCGGAGCCCGGCGAGCGCGUCAGCGUCGCGGCGGCGAAUCGGACGCAGGUGGUCGUCGCGCUCGAGGGCGGGACGCUCGUGAGCGUCGCCGCCGGCGGCGGCGGCGACGCGAUGGACGUCGACGACGCGUCGCCGCUCCUGCGCGAGCUCGCGCGCGUCAACGUUGGCCACGAGAUCGCGUGCCUGGACGUCACUCCCCUCGCGGACCCGCGCGCGGCGUCCUCGGAGAUUUGCGCCGUCGGGUUGUGGUCCGCGGAGGUUCGCGUGCUCGCGACGGCGACGCUCGAGGAACUGUCGUCGGCGCCGUUGACGGACGCGGAGGUGAUCCCUCGCGCGGUGCUCCUGUGCUCGUUCGAGGGGAUCCCGUACCUGCUCGCGGGCUUGGGCGACGGACAGCUGUUCACGUUCGCGCUGAUGGGCGAGCGGUCGGGGAUCAUCGGCGACGGCAAGAAGCUCUCCGUCGGGACUCAGGCGCGUUCUAUACACUGGUUCCCAUACGACCGCGUUGGCGUGCCGAUCACGCUGAAAACGUUUCGGAAUAAAAACACGACGCACGUGUUCGCGGGCAGCGACCGACCGACGGUCAUAUACUCGCAGAACAAGAAGCUCAUCUACAGCAACGUGAACUUGAGGGAGGUGCUUCACAUGUGUGCGUUCAACUGCGACGCGUUCCCGGACUCGCUCGCGUUGGCGUCGGAGAGCGAGCUCACGAUCGGAGGCAUCGACGACAUUCAAAAAUUGCACAUUCGCACCGUGCCGCUGGGCGAGCAGCCGCGGCGGAUCGCGCAUCAGCCCGCGUCUCGGACGUUCGCGGUCCUGACAAGCCACGUCAGCGACGUCACGAACGAGGAGAGCUUCUACGUGAGACUCUUCGACGACGUCACGUUCGAGACGUUGUUCAAGUAUCGCCUCGACGUCGGCGAGACAGACAGCAGCAUCAUCUCGUGCUCGUUCGCGGACGACCCGGCGUCGUACUACGUCGUCGGCACCGCGUUCUCGCUACCGGAGGAGGUGGAGCCGUCCAGAGGGAGGAUACUCGUCCUGAGAGCGGACGAAGGGCGGCUGUCUCUGGUCGCGGAGAAGGAGGUGAAGGGGGCGGUGUAUAAUCUGAACGCGUUCAACGGGAAGCUGCUCGCGGGGAUCAACAGCAAGGUACAGCUGUUCAAGUGGGUCUCGCGAGGCGCGGGCGCCGGCGCGGGGGCUGGUGGGGGUGCUGAGGGGGGUGCCGUCGCGAUGGCCGACGGCGGCGGCGGCGGCGGCGGCGGCGGCGGCGCGCCGGCGGCGGCGACGACGUGCGAGCUCGCGAGCGAGUGCUCGCACCACGGGCACAUCGUCGCGUUGUACGUCGACGUCCGCGGGGAUUUCAUCGUCGUCGGCGACCUCAUGAAGUCCAUCUCGCUCCUGGUCUACAAACCCGACGAGGGCGUCAUCGAGGAGCGCGCGAGGGACUUCAACCCGAACUGGAUGACCGCGGUCUGCGCGCUCGACGACGAGACGUACCUCGGCGCGGAGAACUCGUUCAACCUGUUCACCGUCCGCAAAAACAGCGACGCCGCCGCGGACGAGGAGCGCUCGCGCCUCGACGUCAUCGGGGAGUACCACCUCGGGGAGUUCGUGAACCGAUUCCGCGCGGGUUCGCUCGUGAUGCGGCUGCCGGGCGACGGCGACGGCGCCGGGCUCGGGCUCGGGCUCGACGCGUCGAACGAAGCCCCGACGCAGCUCUUCGGCACGGUGAACGGAGCCAUCGGCGUCGUCGCGUCGUUGCCGGAGUCCACGCACACGUUCCUCGCGGCGUUGCAGAAGGCGAUGAAUAAAGUGGUUAGCGGCGUCGGCGGGUUCUCGCACGACGCGUGGCGGAGUUUCCACAACGAGCACCGCUCGCGGUUGGUGGAAGCGCGCGGAUUCGUGGACGGGGAUCUGAUCGAAUCGUUUUUGGAUCUGAGACCGGAGAAGGCGAGCGAGGUGGCGAGCGUCGUCGGCGUCGGCGUCGAGGAGCUCACGAAGAGGAUCGAGGAGCUCGUGCGGAUUACGCACUGA